UAGGCCCCAUGGAAACUGUUUAGCUUGGUUAGUUGAAAACGAAAGAUGUGUGUCAGACGCAGCUUUUUAAUCUUCCUUUUUGGAGUUCUGUGUUCGGUGGCGAAGAUCUCCUGCAAGUUUGAGUUCACAAAUAUACGGUGUGACACCUUGGAUGAAAAGUUUGCCGACUUCGAAUACUGUUAUAUAAAGUCGGUAAAUCGAAGCUACAAAUAUGUGUCGAUAAAAGCUAGACUAUUCAAAACGCCAAUUAAAAAGGUUAAGGUCAAUGGAGUCAUCCUUAAGCGAAAUAUAGGAUAUAACGGCUAUAGACCUUUCAUGUUCAACAUCACAUUGGAUGCCUGCAGGUUCUUGAACAAUACGAAGUCGAACCCAGUAGCCAGUUACCUUUUCGACUUAAUAAUACCCUUUACGAACAUGAAUCAUGAGUGCCCCUUCGAUCAUGAUCUUAUCAUCGAUAAGGUGCCCAUAGCUUUCGUAAACAACCACGUCACAAGGGUUCUUCCCGUCCCAGAAGGCGAUUACCUAUACGAAACGAAUUGGUUUGCCUACGACAUAAAAAGGGCGGUGGUUAAAGUGUAUGGAACCAUAUCUUAA